AUGUCGACCGCUGCUCGCCGCCGCUUAAUGCGCGAUUUCAAGCGCAUGCAGACAGAUCCGCCCGCCGGUGUCUCCGCGUCGCCCAUCCCCGACAAUGUCAUGACGUGGAACGCAGUCAUCAUCGGCCCAGCCGACACGCCGUUCGAGGACGGCACGUUCCGGCUCGUCAUGACGUUUGACGAGCAAUACCCCAACAAGCCGCCGUCGGUCAAGUUUCUGAGCACCAUGUUCCACCCCAACGUGUACGGAACGGGCGAGCUGUGUCUCGACAUCCUGCAGAACCGGUGGAGCCCGACCUACGACGUGGCCGCCGUCCUGACAAGCAUCCAGAGUCUCUUGAACGAUCCCAACACCAGCUCGCCGGCCAAUGUCGAAGCGUCCAACCUGUACAAGGACAGCCGCAAGGAGUACCACAAGCGAGUCCGAGAGACGGUGGAGAAGAGCUGGGAGGACUGA